AUGAGUCGGCGUUACUCGGUCCGCAGCCAGCAACGCAGCGGCUACUGCGUGCGGAUAAGGAUACAGCUAUGCCUACACCCGACAAAGCGACCCUCUGAGGGAGAUUCCUUACACCCGCCGGGGUACGCGCAGGCAGGCCAAACUAAUCUGAAGAGUCCUCAGGAUAUUCAGGUCUAUGUUGUAAAUACAAAUUUCACUCUAAGGUGGAACUACACUGGGAAUGAUACCAAUGUGACAUUUUCAGCAGAAUACCAGUGGUUUGGAAAUACUGAGACGAAUGAAACGGAAUGGAAGGAGUUGCCUGGGUGUCAAAAUGUUACUCGCACGGAAUGUGACUUUUCCUCAGCAAUAACUGAAUACUAUGAUACACAUCAUGUGCGUAUAAGGGCUGAAAGAAUGGAAGAAGUGUCUCCAUGGUCUAGCAUUUUUGAAAUGAUUCCGUAUUUUAUAGCUCAGAUCGGUCCCCCAGGAAUAAAGUUGCAGUCCACAAAUGGAGUCAUAAAAAUUAAGGUUUCUCCUCCAGAAGCAAAUCAGGUCCGAAAAAUGUGGAUAUCUCAUCUAGAUUUUAAAUAUAAUCUAGUUAUCUGGGAAAACUCGUCAAAUGCAGAGUUCAGAAGUCAAAGUAUUUUUCCUACUGACAAAAUUGAUGAUCUUGCACCAGACACUACCUAUUGUUUGAAAGUUCAAGCAACUCUUCCUUUGGACUUGAAAGAAGGCUUAUUCAGUCCCAUUCGUUGUGUAAAAACUACCCGUAAAGUGAAUGACGUAUUCUGUGCAACAAAUGUGAGCGUUCUUGCUUUGAAUAUGAAAUUUCAUCUGCAUUGGAAUAAUCAGUAUAAACAACAUGUGAGCUACAAUGUACAGUAUCUCAUUGGGUAUCUAAAGAAACUUCAUGAUGAUUACUCAGUGAAGUGGCUCAAUGUACCUGGAUGUGAAAACAUCACUGAUACACAAUGCAGUUUCUCAUCUAUCAUCACUACUGUUUCUGGAUUUUAUUAUCUCCGUGUGCAGGCCAUGAGUGAAUAUAAUACAUCAUGUUUGUCCAAUGAAGUAAAAGUAGAUCCUCUGAGAACAAAUGAAAUUGGCCCUCCUGGUGUAAAGGUGGACAUCAGUGAUGUUUUGCUCCAUAUCCAGAUUUCUCCUCCAGGAGGAUCUGAGAGUGAAGUCAUGAGGGACCAUUAUGACUUGUCUUACCGGGUUCUGUAUUGGAAGAAUUCAUCAGAUAAUGAGGAGGAAAUCAAAAUGAAAGAGAUAAAACAGACGAUAGGGACAGUCUCUGAUCUAACACCCUCGACUUUGUACUGUGUAAAAGUACAAGCAUUCUCAGAAUUUUACAACAAAAGCAGUCAUUACAGCAAAGAGAAAUGCAUCAGAACACCUGGAGAUGAAGUUUUUCCUCUGGUCAUUUUAGCAACAUUUGUAAUUGCCCUGAUCGCUGUCUUGCUUGUGGCUACACCGCUUGUUUUUGCCCUGUAUCAAGCCUAUGCUAAAAUGAAAUACGUGUUCUUUCCAUCAUGCCACCCGCCUUUGAACAUAGAGGGUUUUGGAGGACAGCUCUUUAGCAGUCCUUAUAUGUCAACUACAGAAGAACCGAUAGCAAAUUGUUGUAUAAUUGAGGCUAUCAUCACAGAGGAAGUAAAUCAAAUUGAUUUUAAAGACUACAAACAUUCUAAACAGAGCAGCCGAGAUUCAGGAAAUUAUUCUAACGAUGAUGAUACUUCAGGGAGCAAAGUGUCAGAAGAAAUGCUGGAAAAGGAAAUAGUAUAACUUUUAAGAAAAUAAAAUUCAUAUAUGGGACUGGCAGCAUAAUAAACACUUAACUUUUUUAUUACGGAAGUUGCAGCCUAAGGAAGACAGUGUGACUUUGGGAUCUUGCGUCUUCAGGUUUCCAAGUCUGCACUUUGUUAGUAGAAAGUUACAUGCCCUCUCUGCUGCAAGCUGCCUGAAGUGAAAACACAAGUGACUCCUCGUACCGUGCACCAUUUUGACCGACUUUUCAUCGUAUGGUAACAAGAAUACCACCUGCGUAAAGAGGAGCAGAUCUGCACACUUUAUAUACUCGAACGUGAUAACCUCAGCAAAAGCCUGCUCUGUUCCACAAGCAGUUUCUUGCUAUCUUAGAAGUUUGUUUUGAAUGCCAGCGUGUACUGUGACAGAAGCCUUAAAUUCCAGUAUUGAAUCUUACGAUGUUUACAGAGGCAGAAGGAAAUUGAUGCUGGAUACAAUUUUAGGAACUUUUCUGACGUUCUCUUCCAGCCUCCUCAGGGGCAGUGCUUUUUGGCUUAGCGGGUCCAGAGCAAAAGGUGCAGAGAGACCAACAGUAGCCUCAGUGAGGUGGUUCCUCUGAGCUGCCUUGUAGAAUUCCGUGUGGCCAUGGCUGCGGGAUGCUCCCAGCGUCCACUUGCUUGUUCGUGUAUCUGUGUGCCUGCAUCAGGGUGCUCUUCUCUCACAGCACUCAGUAAUCUCGGCAGGUACGGGGAGGGGAAAAGGCAGGAAGGGGGUUCACUUCACUUGACUAUAAAGAAAAAUUUCACAGGGGAAGGCCUCUAUAAAUAGAGGUUGCGUCAAAUUGUUUUGCACUGCGUUUAGGAUAAAAAACAACAAAUGUCCAAGCCAGAUGCACGCUGCAAGAAGAAACUGAAGAAUGCUGUUACUUCCAAUGACAAGGCAUGUUGAGAGGCUUACUCUUCAUUAAUUCCACACACACACACACACCCCCCACGGUUACGUAUCCAGAAGUGUAAAAUACUUACUUCUAACUGAAUUGUAUUUAGAAAUGUGAAUCUCUCUUAACAAGGAGGAAAACUUGGUUCCUUGUAAUUACAGAAAUAAGUUGAAUUUAGAAAAUGCCUUUUAACAGAAUGGUGAGGACGCUUGUCAUUCAAAGCUUUUUCAGCUUAGUCUUAUUUUGCCAACAGAUUUUUCUUUUGUAUAAAUUAUAAGGAUAUGCUGCAAUAAUGUUUCAAUUUGCAUACCACUUUCUUCUGAAGUAAUUUUCUGAAGUAGCUUAUUUUUUUACGAAGCAAUUGAUUUAGAGUAAACUGGUUUUGAGCUUCACGUGGGCUGUUUAUUGUAACAAGCAACUGUUGGUGUUUAUAUUUUUUUUUUAAAUU